AUGUCUGAGGAUGGUGAGGAGGUUGCCUUAGAGCUGCCGCAAAUAUGGAAACUUAUUCAUCCACACUAUGAUGAAGAUUCUUCCGAUGAAGAGGACUCUGAAAAGAUUCCCCAAAAAAGAAAAAUUGAAGAUUAUGUAAAGCUUUCCAAGCGUGCCCCACGUUUGAGUAUGCUUUUGCGGUUUCUCAAUAAUAUCGAAGAUGUGGAAGAACUGCAACAGUUGGUUCUACCCAAAGAUCCUGUAACACAACAAACUCUGCUCCAGUGGUGUACUCUGAACGACCACUUCAUGCUUGGGGAGUACCUUGUGAGGCGUCUCCAACGUGGUGCCUUUGCUUUUGAUCCUGAUUUCGACGAGAUUGUUGUGUAUGACCGCUGGGAUGAAAUGCGGCCGGAGCUUCCCAGCGCCGAAGAGGUUGCUGAGCGUCAGAGGCAGCGUGAUCAUGAAAGGAUAGAGCGGAUGGCCUUGCGUGUGCAACAACAGAAUGACGAUGAGGAGGAUUUUGAGGAGGAUGAAAACGACGAAGAAUAUGCGGAACCCGUCCCUGAGGAACUCGUGUACAACUCUUUGGAAGAGUUUCAUGAACAGUGGGGCGACCGUGGCGUUGGUCUGGUCAAGCGUGUCGGAGAGCUCGGUGUAUACGCCGGGGCCCGGAUGCGUGAUGGGACGAAAGAAGGUCUUGGGCAAACCCUCUUUCCGAAUGGGGACUGCUACACGGGCUUAUACCGGCAAAACGAGCGCCACAGCAAGGGGAUUUACUGGUGGUCGCAGACCUCUGCUCUGUACUGUGGUGAAUGGCUUAAAAAUUUACGUCAUGGCUACGGUCGUAUGGUGUACCCAGACGGCUCUCGUUACCUUGGUCAUUGGGCGAACGAUUCGAAAAAUGGCCAGGGGCGCUAUAUUUACGUGGAUGGCAGCACCUACGAUGGGAUGUGGGUUAGCAAUGAGAAGCACGGUAGAGGCCGCUACGACUUCCCAGACGGAUCAUCUUACGUUGGUAGUUUUUUUCAUAAUGACUUCGUUUGUGGGGAGUGGCGGCUGGCAUGCGGCACCGUGCGUUAUGUGGGCAGCUUUGAGAAAGACGUACCAGUAGGAGCCGGAGUGUUUGUGCAUCGGUGCGGAUUAAAACCCGGUAGCUUUAUGCAAGAGGGAAUCUAUCAAAAUGGCAGCUGGAUUCCAGGUGCAAUCAAGAAGUCCACGAAGCUAUCACCAUUUCUUGAAGUUGUCGUGCCCGGACAGGAUGAGUGUCCACGCGUGCCAAUAGAGUUUGGGUCGCUUUUAUUGGCCGACGAGAGUUACACUAUAACCGAUCUGGUUAAAGUGGCUAACUUCAUGCCAUUUCAGCGCUGGUUGUGUUCUCUGUCGGCUGUCUCUCCGGAUAAAGAUAAGUCCAUUCUUAAACAAGUUGAGGUGGUUGGUAUUAAAGUCGGGAAGCAUGAUCACGACCGAGUGGUUGAAGUUGGAAUACGACCACUACUGGUCAACACCGAAGGUGUUCGGAUCAACACAGAGCUUAGCGAAGAAGAGAGAGUUAUUACGCUAAGAGAACCUUCAAUGCGACUUUUGUUACUGCUGCUAGUUGGAGAGGAGCCCCUGGUGAUUCUUGAGAGACUUCCUCUCGACACUGACUCAGGAAACGAAGGUGCGACAAUGGAUGCGGCUCACGGCUUGCCUCAGCUUCGAUGGACUGCUGAAGGCUGUAUAGAUGGUGAGGUGAUUCGAACCCUGAUGCCGGCCCUUCGGCUUGACAUGAAUGAGCGAACCCUGAAGCAUCUAACAGAGCCCUCAGGGGCUUUCAGCUCGGAGGACUGCGAUAUUUGGUUGUUUGCUCAAGAGCUUCAUCCUGACACUUUGGCAAGACUCGAAGAAAAGUUCGAGUCUUUACCAUCAUUCAAAUAUGAGCUUAUCAGCACCGUACAAGAUAUACCUUCGGAUAUCGCAACUAAGAACACACUCUCAGAAUUUUUGCACAUUUAUAAAGAAGGGAUCAUAUCGCCACUGGCCACGGCCCCUGCCCAACGGCCACCAACGCCGAUCCCACCCUCUGUCAAACCCCGGCCCGAAAUGCAACCUUUGUACACCGCCAAAGCUGCACUCGAAGAAGCUUUAGAAAAUGAUGAGUAG